AUGGACCGUUGUACCACUCAACCGUGCUCUCCCGAUCUCGCUCCAGCGGAUUACCACCUCUUUUCUUAUCUUCAACGUCAUUUAGACGGUCAAGACUUCGACAACUACGACGACAUCAAGAACGCUCCAGGCUUUCUUCGACUACCUGCUCGCAACCUUGUGGAAGGCAUGCAUAACCUACGAAGACCUUUGAUGUCAAUGGAGAUUAUCUCAAAUGAUUGCCUGUGCUCGUUUUAG